AGCAUUUAACUUUCCAUCCUAGGAUUUAUAAAGUUCCAUUUUGGGUUCAUCUUCCGUUGUGAUAAACAAAUCUAAGGGCCGAGGUCUCUGUUUUUGGUUUUUGGAAGAGAAGAUGUCAGGCAAAGGAGCAAAGGGAUUGUUAACUAGCAAGACCCCAGCUCAAUCUAAAGAUAAAGACAAGAAAAAACCCACCUCUCGCUCUUCUCGUGCUGGUCUUCAGUUUCCUGUUGGGCGUAUCCACCGCCUUCUGAAAACAAGAGCAACAGCCCAUGGAAGAGUGGGUGCAACUGCGGCUGUUUACUCUGCUGCUAUCUUGGAGUACCUGACUGCUGAAGUGUUAGAGCUGGCCGGAAAUGCAAGCAAGGAUCUGAAGGUGAAACGUAUAACACCUAGGCAUUUGCAGUUAGCAAUCCGGGGUGAUGAAGAGCUAGACACCCUUAUAAAAGGAACCAUAGCUGGUGGUGGUGUGAUCCCUCACAUCCACAAGUCGCUUAUCAACAAAUCCUCCAAGGAAUAAUGCUAUUUCAGUUCAUUGUACUGAAUCCAUGGGAUGUACUGCUGUGUUGUGUAUACAUUGGGUGAUAAUUGGCCCCCGGUCCAUCUUCGAUUGGAUUAUAGCUGGUUUCCUUUUGGUAGUAACCGAACAAUGUAGGUUUCGUUUGUGACAAUUUGCAAGUUGUUAGACAAUCCUCUAGGUCGAACAGAGAGUUGCUAGAAUGUAUUUCCGAUUACUAUCCUGUUCGUUUUUACUCUAAUUUAUGUUCAUGUUUUGUCACGGUUUAAAAUAGGUUAAACGAAAGAAUGUUUGAGGAUA